UCUGACAUGAUCACAUGAUCACGUCCGAAAUUGAUCGACAUCGAGGAAGUAUCUUUCGAAUUUAAUCGUUUUUACAUGCAACCAUGUUUUCACAAUUAUCUAUACUCUUUGCUGUCUUUGCCGCAGUUCAUGCCAAUGGUGAAUUCGUUGUUGUUCAUUCACCAGACAGUGUAGAAUUCACUGUAAAUGAACGAGGACAUAUUGAACAAAGUUAUCUUAAGGAGAUCUUAUCAGCUUGUCUUGGUUACACUGGAAAGCAGAAGGAUUCAGAACAUAGCAUUGUCAUAUGGGAUCCAUUUUUAGUGCCCAGGGCAUUGGUUGCUAUAGUGGUUGAGGGAAUGGAUCAACUUUCUUUCUUGAAAGACAAAGCUAAAGUUAUGUGUCCCUUGACUGAUGAUGAAGCAGAAGAAAUCACUUGGCAAGCGAUUAGAAGCAGAGUGGAGGAGCGAAGCAACGAUAACACAUUGGUCAGGAUUAACUUGAGUGAUGGAGUUGAUGCUCUCGGCCAGUCAGCUCUCGGUGAGCUUAAGCCUACUAAAAUUGAGAAGUUAAACGUUCUGAAUUCAGAGAUUGAGGAAGAUCGUAAAUUCAUUGAGGAGAUACAGCUUCUUCGUGCCAUUGGUGACAAUGCACUUUCUGCGAAAAAGCAUGAUUCUGGUACAGAUGUUUAUUGGCUGGUAGUAUCAGCACUCAAACCAUGCUUGGAAAUGCAUGGAAACAGUUCUACAGUUAAUGAGGAGGCAUUUCACUUGUUGACUUCCGGAAUAGAACAUGUUUCCAAGGGCCUUUUAAACCAUUAUGAUGGAAAGAUUGUCAUUGUAAUUUUCACGAACGAUGCUUGGAAGGAGAGGAAUGCACGGUCCGUUCUUGAGAGAAAGCGCAGAGACGAGCCUCCGCGAGCCGGCGAGCAAGAUGAACAAAAUAAUAAAAUGGACGAAGAGGAGUAUAGAAUGCGUAGUACUAUCGAAUCCAACACAGCACUCGACAGCACUACUGAACGUACGGGCGUUCAGGAUAAUAGCGGAACGUCGGAAAAGUCCGACGAAGUUAAUACGGAGUAUAAGAUAAAUACUAAUACACAGACAAUAGGACAGCCUGAAUUUUCUGGACGUGCAAAGACUUACACGGAAGACUAUCCUGUCAUAUUCAAUAUAAUGCUAUGGUUCGGCGUUGUUUUCGUCUUUUCACUCUUAGCCAUUUGUAUCGCCAUCGCCGAUAUGGAUCCAGGACGAGAUUCUAUCAUUUAUAGGAUGACGUCGAAUCGAAUGAAGAAAGAUAAUUAAGUGUAAAUACAUAAUUACAUAUAUAUAUAAUAUAUAAGUAACACAAUUUUGUAAUAUAUAUUUCUGUGCAAAAUGUAGAUUGUCGAAGCAUCUAUAUAUGUAUUAUCAAUUUAAUUCGUGUGUGUUCAAGAGUAGGAAAGUAGAUUUCUAUUACUUUAUCCUAAGGAUUCCUUAAAUUUGAUGAUCCAAGCUCUCGUCAGAGCUAUUUAAAUAGCAAGGAUAUACAUAACUGUAUCACUUUAUAGCAUAAGCAAUUAUUGUUAUAUCGUUAUAAAAUAUCUGGAAGUUUGUAUAUCUCUUAAAAACUAAAAGUUGUCCUAAAUAUAACGUAAUCAUACAAAUUAAAACAUUUUAUGCAUUUUUAAUCAUUAUCAGAAAGAAUCCUG